AUGUCGGAGGUGGAGGCCAACGCCGGCGGCGGGGGCAAGGAGCAGGACCGAUUCCUGUCUGUCGCCAACAUCGGGCGCAUCAUGCGCCGCGCGGUGCCGGAGAACGGAAAGAUCGCUAGGGACGCCAGGGAGUCCAUCCAGGAGUGUGUCUCCGAGUUCAUCAACUCCUCCGUUUCUUCCUCUUCCCAACGCAACGUUAUUUUUCCCAACGUCAAGGAGAGGCGAAAGACCAUCAACGACGACGACAUCAUCUGGUCCUUGGGUACGCUCGGCUUCGAGGAAUACGUUGAGCCCCUCAAGAUCUACCUCAACAAUUACCGGGAGACAGAGGGUGACACAAAGGGUUCAAAGUCUUCUGAUCAGAAUGGAAAGAAACAGAUGUUACCCAAUGGUGAACUUGGAUCACCUAUAAUAUUUACUUUCUGGUUGCAAAACUACCACCAAAUAACCCUCUACCUAAUCUGUUACUUCACAUCUCCUCUUUCUAAAAUGUACGGCGCUUUCUUUAUGCAUCUUCUAUUUCAGUUAGGGCAGUGCUUCAUGUCCUAA